AUGCCGCCGACGCGAACAGCUAAGUCGGACGAGGCCAGGAAGGCAGCGAAUGCUGCAGUGUACGGAGUGAGGCCGGGCUUCCAGGGCGGGCCACCAGCUCUCCCCGGCGCGUCUUACGCGACACUGGUGGGCCACUUCGCGUCCGGCUCACAUGCGGAGGUACCCUAUGAUCCAUUCACCCCGGGCAACAUCAAGGCAGAAUAUCCCAUGUCAGUCAAGGCCGAGCCGCAGUUCGAUCAAGGAAAACCUGUAUCUCAAUUCGCCUCAGACGCCGCAGCUGCUGUGCAAUUCGACGCCGAUGACUUCAGCGACGAUGAGUAUCUCAGCUUCAACGAAACAGCACCGGCACCGAAGAAGACCUUCAAGCCGAAGGCCGCAAGAGCACCGCGACCCACAGGACCCAGAGGAUCUGUCAGCGCUUGCUUCCGAAUUGAUGGCGAGUGGCAGAACCAGCGUGUCGAAUGGCUCGGCCAUGCCACGAGGGCGGUGAUGUUUCGAGACAAAUUAACGCCGGCACACAUUGACACGCUGCUCUCCUUCAAGGAAACCUGCGAACGCCUCACUUCAUUCAGCUUCGACUAUCACGACGUCGACUAUGAUUCUACCAACUCUGCUACGGAGCUUACUGACGACGAUGUCAUCAAGAUAGCCCAUGCCUGUCCUAAGCUGAAAAUCAUUUCCCUCCCAGGCACAUCGGGCCUCACAGAAAAGGCAUUUCUUGCGCUGUGCAAAUAUUGUCCCGACCUCACAAAUCUGCACAUCAGUACUGCCUCGAGAAAUGAGUCGAAUACGGGCCACAACAUAGUAUUUGAGGCGCUGACAGAUCAUCCGGAGUGGGUGCCAAAGUUGAAGGAGCUUCGUAUCGCGAAGAUGAGCUGGACAAGCAGCGUACUGCGAGUUCUGUCGAAGGCACGACCGAAGCUCCACAUUGUACUUGUAUCAACCAGAGAGGAAAAGAAAUGGGGUGAUUGGGAGUUGGUACACUCUCAGUCUGAGUGGUGGAAUGGAAAGUGCCAGGACAGGUCCGGAGUGGCUAAGAGGGAGCAAAGGAGAUUCAACCAGUCCAUUGAGAAUGGCUAUUGGUAG